AUGUCCGGCACUACUCCUGUUGUGGGGUCUCUCCGCUCGCUAGUCGAAGAGAAGCACAAGUACGGCGUCCUCCUGUAUAUCCUACCAUGCGAGGAUAUGUGUCGACGCACAUCCAUUGUUGCGGUUGCACAGGGUGGAGUUCCCGCCUCUCCCAGCUUUCUCAACUUCAUCCGUGCUCGAUACGACGAAGGGCAGCACCGUCCAAUAAUCCCGCUCGUUCAGAACGCCAUCACAUUUCCCGCAGACCAGAACAGUCAGCACGCGAACACGCACACAUACCUGACGGCUAACGGACAACGUUCGUAUAUAUUGGACGUAAAGACCACCGACCCGGCCCGCAUCAUACCGCUCAACGUCUACAAGCCGUAUGCUGACCGUGCGCCUGGCCGUGCUGCGUCCGUCCUCAACCGCGAUCUUGGCCUUGUCCCCCUUUGGAUCGUGACCGACACUGGUCUUGGCUCACCUGUGGGUCAGCAGGGCGUAUGGGCGCUGCAGAAUGGAAACGUGCCGUUCACGCAUCCUGAUGGGACGAAAAGAACGUCGUUGUUCGUGAGAAUCAGAUGGCCCGGGUACCCUGAUUGGGAUUCGCAAAUCCGUCUCGAUAACAAUCAGAAGACGGACGUGUUCACUUUCAAACGUCUGGUGGAGCUUGUCAAGGGAAAGGUCCGCAAGUUCAUCAAUGACAACGAGAAUCGCGAGAGCUCCAAUCCAUACUGGACUGUCGGUUCUGGGCGAAUUGCUAUCGAAGAUCUUAACCUCCUCGCCAUUCUCGAGGUAUCGAAGGGGGCAGUCAUGCCUAUCCUCAGCCUGCGUCAUGACUUUGUAUUUCCGGACCUGCGCAAGACCCAUAGCAGCUUACAGGGUACCGUGCUCACACAGAACGAAUCCGCAUACGGCGUUAACACUCCUAACGCUGCUGGCUCUUCUAACGACUCUCAAAACGACGACUUCUUGUACUACUUGACUGGCACGACCUUUUCUUCGUACCUCAAUGGCGCCUCUGAUAUGAACCUUUCCUAA